GCCCACCCGCCCGCUGCGGUGGGCGGCAGUCACGACUAGAGGCGCGCGAUCUCCAGCGAGGUGGCCGCGGGCGCUGCGCGGGGCGGGGCGGAGGCCCGGGAGGUGGGCAGGACCUGGCCAGGCGAGGCCCCGGGGCACACGCCGCCUCCUGGAGCGAUGGACAUCCCGGGGACCCGGCGGCACUGAGCGAGCAGGCACGAAGUCGAGCGAGCCUGCGGUUCCCCCAGAAGCCCAACACAGUUCCCGCGGCCACGAUGAUCCCUCCAAGUGGAGCCCGCGAGGACAGCGGAGACGGACUGACCAGGGAGGCGACGGGCACAGAGCAGCCACCCUCUCCUGCGUCCACCAGCAGCCUGGAAUCCAAGCUCCAGAAACUAAAACGGUCACUUUCUUUCAAGACCAAGAGCUUGCGGAGCAAAAGUGCUGACAACUUCUUCCCAAGAACCAACAGUGAUGUGAAAUCGCAAGCAGACCUGCUGGCCAAGGCUAGCCCAGGCCCCAGCCCAAUACCCAUCCCUGGAAGCCCAGCAUCCAUGCCCACCAAGGCUGGCCUGCACCCCGGCAGCAACAGCAAGGUCCACGCCUUUCAGGAACAUGUCUUUAAGAAGCCCACCUUCUGUGAUGUCUGCAACCACAUGAUCGUGGGGACGCAUGCUAAGCAUGGACUGCGCUGUGGAGCCUGUAAGAUGAGCAUUCACCAUAAGUGUGCAGAUGGCCUGGCACCCCAGCGGUGCAUGGGCAAGUUGCCAAAAGGAUUUCGGCGUUACUACAGCUCCCCCUUGCUCAUUCACGAACAGUUUGGAUGCAUUAAAGAAGUUAUGCCCAUUGCAUGUGGCAAUAAAGUGGACCCAGUGUAUGAGGCCCUCCGGUUCGGCACGUCCCUGGCCCAGAGAACGAAGAAGGGCAGCUCAGGCAGUGGCUCUGACUCGCCCCCCAGAACCUCGACUUCAGAGCUGGUAGAGGUUCCUGAAGAGGCUGAUGGACCAGGAGAUGGAUCUGACAUCAGGACACGGAGCAACAGUGUGUUUACAUAUCCAGAAAACGGUACCGACGACUUCGGAGAUCAAGUGAAGACCAUAAACCACCAGGGAACUCUUUCCAAAGACCCGUUACAGAUGAACACCUAUGUUGCCUUGUACAGAUUUAUACCACAGGAGGAUGAAGACUUGGAAAUGAGACCAGGAGACAUGAUCACUCUCCUAGAAGACUCCAAUGAAGACUGGUGGAAAGGAAAGAUUCAGGACAGGGUUGGUUUCUUUCCAGCCAACUUUGUUCAGAGAGUGGAAGAACAUGAGAAGAUUUAUAGGUGUGUUCGAACCUUCAUUGGCUGCAAGGACCAGGGGCAGAUAACACUGAAAGAGAACCAGAUCUGUGUGACCUCUGAGGAAGAACGGGAUGGCUUCAUCAGAGUCCUCAGUGGGAAGAAGAGAGGCCUCGUCCCACUGAAUGUACUGGUAGACGUGUGACUGUAGCAGUCCCGCCCAGAGCAGGAGGCCAGCGCUGCUGAUCUCUCUGUGUCCACCCAGAGGAGCAGCUGCACUGAUGGGUGCCCAGAAAACAGGGAGACUUGAAGAGCUGAGACUGUGCUAGCAAUCUGGAAGCAGCCCCACUGCACAGCACAUCAAGGCUGCCAGAGAGCAGCAUCCCAGAGCUGAGGGCAGCCAGGGGCAGUAAGUGGGCUGUAGCUAAGGCUGCCCCCAGGACUUAGCUCCCUUGCUGCCCACCUGUGCAAGGCUGGAAUCUGCUCCAGGUCGUGGUGUGGUCCUGGUGAGAAGUUUGGAGCCAAGUAGCCAAGUUACUCUGGCUCUGGGUAACUGUUCCCAGUGCUGGCCAAUCAGCCUCAGCAUGACUCCUGCAGAGAAUCAAGAAGGCCAACCUCCCAGCUCCCAACACCCCAGGGCUCACUCCAGCUCCUGCUCAGUUUGUGUCUCAGUUUGGCUGGCAGGAUUGUUCUUUCUCUCUCUUCAGUCCUUCAAGCACAUCCUAGGCAGGACAGAGCCAGCACGGUACCAAGUACAAAGAUCCGACUUGCCUACAGAUUGCAAAGAGGGCAUCCUUGCUAUUUCAGAGACUCAGAAGUGAAAGGGCAAGGUCCAAGGCACAGAAUCAAGCAGCAGCGAGAAGUGGGAAUGGGGACAAGGAAGGAGCACUUAUGUAUUGGGAUCGUACAGCCCUUUUAGUUGGGGGUGGUUUUAUUCCCAAAGCAGGGGAGGCUGGGAAUGGGUCUCCAUUUUCAUUUCAUACCCUCUUUAUCAGGAGCAUCACCUCUUCCUGGGUGCAGCCUGUGGAGGACGAGUCUACCAUGCAGAGAUGCAGGGACAGGAGAGCACCACUGAGAAAAACAUCUUAGAAUAAAUGUAGCCAGCUUAGAAUCCAUUCCUCUCUAGGGCAAACGUUUUUCAGCGCCAGCAGGUGUGAAGUGGGAAGGACUGGGCAAGGCUUCCUCUCUGUGCGAACAGAGGAAGCUGGGGUUUAGCUCACACCACCUGAGGAUAUUGCUCUCUACCUGUACCGAUGUUUACAAGAACAUACCACACUGCGAUGCCUUCCUCCCAAGCCCUAUCCCAAGCAUUCAGACCUGCUUCCUAGCAGUCACUGACAUGUUUAAAUGUGACUUUGGGAUUAUUGUUGCUUUGAUUUAUUUUGCCACUGAGCAAUAAAAUCAUUAGAACCAUC